GGCGCCCGGCCCCGGCUGCCCGGCCCCGCCAGCGCCGAGGAGCGGCCGCGCGGAGCCCGCAGCGCGGCCAUGGCCGAGCGCCGCGCCUUCGCGCAGAAGAUCAGCAGAACUGUAGCUGCUGAAGUCAGGAAGCAGAUCUCGGGGCAGUAUGGAGGGUCUCCCCAGCUUCUCAAAAACCUCAAUAUUGGAGGCAGCGUCUCUCAUCAUACAACUGUGCCACUCACAGAAGCAGUGGAGCCAGUUGAGUUGGAGGACUACCUUAAUACACACCCCAUUGCAGGGGAGUCAGGACCCCUGAGGGACCUGCUGGAGUUUCCUGCUGAUGACAUCGAGGUGGUGUACACGCCCCGGGAGUGUCGGACGCUUGUGUCGGCUGUGCCGGAGGAGAGUGAGAUGGACCCUCAUGUGAGGGACUGUGUAAGAAGUUACACGGAAGACUGGGCAAUUGUGAACAGAAAAUAUCACAAGCUGGGAACUGGAUUUAAUCCCAACACCUUAGACAAUCAGAAGGAGAGGCAAAAGGGGCUCCCCAAGCAGAUCUUUGAGUCUGAUGAAGCUCCAGAUGGCAACAGCUACCAGGAUGAACAAGAUGACCUUAAGCGCCGUUCAAUGUCGAUUGAUGACACUCCCCGGGGCAGCUGGGCGUGCAGUAUUUUUGAUCUGAAGAACUCCCUCCCAGAUGCUCUUCUCCCAAACCUGCUGGACCGAACCCCAAAUGAAGAGAUCGACCACCACAAUGAAGAUCAGAGGAAGUCCAGCAGGCACAAGGAACUUUUUGCACUACACCCAGCACCAGAUGAGGAGGAGCCUAUAGAAAGACUUAGCAUCCCUGAAGUACCCAAAGAACACUUUGGCCAAAGACUCCUGGUGAAGUGUUUGUCCCUUAAAUUUGAAAUAGAAAUUGAGCCCAUUUUUGCAAGUUUGGCUUUGUAUGAUGUUAAAGAAAAGAAAAAGAUUUCAGAAAAUUUCUACUUUGAUUUAAACUCGGAACAAAUGAAGGGAAUGCUUCGUCCACAUGUCCCCCCUGCUGCUAUAUCCACACUGGCCAGAUCUGCCAUCUUUUCUAUCACUUACCCCUCUCAAGAUGUCUUUCUGGUAAUAAAGCUGGAAAAAGUGUUACAGCAGGGAGAUAUUGGGGAAUGUGCAGAGCCUUAUAUGAUUUUUAAAGAAUCUGAUGCAGCCAAGAAUAAGGAGAAGUUGGAGAAACUGAAAGCCCAGGCAGAACAGUUUUGCCAAAGACUGGGCAAGUAUCGAAUGCCUUUUGCCUGGACAGCCAUUCAUUUAAUGAACAUUGUGAGCAGUGCUGGAAGUUUGGAAAGAGAUUCCACUGAAGUAGAAGUUGGCACAGGAGAACGUAAGGGAUCGUGGUCGGAGAGGCGGAAUUCCAGUAUUGUUGGGAGGCGUUCGUUAGAGAGAACCACAAGUGGGGAUGAGGCUUGCAAUCUAACCAGCUUUAGGCCAGCUACUCUGACAGUGACAAACUUCUUUAAACAGGAGGGUGAUCGUCUGAGCGAUGAAGACUUGUACAAGUUUGUUGCUGACAUGAGGCGACCCUCAUCGGUGCUGCGGAGGUUGAGGCCCAUCACAGCUCAAUUGAAGAUAGACAUAUCUCCAGCUCCAGAGAAUCCCCAUUACUGUCUAACUCCAGAGUUACUGCAAGUCAAACUUUACCCAGAUAGCAGAGUCAGACCUACAAGAGAAAUCCUGGAGUUUCCUGCCAGGGAUGUCUACGUUCCAAAUACCACAUACAGGAAUCUUCUUUAUGUCUAUCCUCAGAGCCUUAACUUCGCCAACCGCCAAGGAUCUGCCAGGAAUAUCACUGUGAAAGUCCAGUUCAUGUAUGGAGAGGACCCAAGCAAUGCUAUGCCGGUCAUCUUUGGCAAAUCUAGCUGUCCUGAAUUUUCCAAAGAAGCAUACACAGCUGUAGUGUAUCACAACAGAUCUCCUGAUUUUCAUGAGGAAAUCAAGAUUAAGCUUCCAGCCACUUUAACCGAUCACCACCACCUGCUUUUUACCUUCUACCAUGUCAGCUGCCAACAAAAACAAAACACUCCCCUGGAGACUCCAGUUGGAUACACCUGGAUACCGAUGCUUCAAAAUGGACGGUUAAAGACUGGUCAGUUCUGCCUUCCUGUUUCGUUGGAAAAACCACCCCAGGCUUAUUCAGUCCUUUCUCCAGAGGUUCCACUGCCUGGAAUGAAGUGGGUGGAUAACCACAAAGGGGUUUUCAAUGUUGAAGUUGUUGCUGUAUCAUCCCUCCACACCCAGGAUCCUUAUCUUGACAAGUUCUUUGCACUUGUCCAUGCUCUGGAUGAGCACAUGUUCCCUGUGCGAAUAGGAGACAUGAGAAUUAUGGAAAACAACUUGGAAAAUGAACUGAAGAGCAGCAUUUCAGCUUUAAAUUCCUCCCAACUGGAGCCGGUAGUGCGAUUUCUUCAUCUCCUGCUUGACAAACUGAUUCUUCUGGUAGUAAGACCUCCUGUCAUUGCAGGCCAAAUAGUGAACCUGGGCCAAGCAUCCUUUGAAGCGAUGGCAUCAAUCAUAAACAGACUUCACAAGAACUUGGAUGGGAACCAGGACCAGCAUGGCAGAAACAGCCUUCUUGCUUCCUAUAUUUAUUAUGUUUUUCGCCUACCAAAUACCUAUCCCAACUCACCAUCACCAGGUCCUGGUGGCCUGGGGGGCUCAGUGCAUUAUGCCACCAUGGCUCGAUCUGCUGUCCGACCUGCCAGCCUCAACCUGAACCGCUCCCGGAGCCUCAGCAACAGCAACCCAGACAUUUCUGGGACCCCCACCUCGCCGGACGACGAAGUGCGCUCCAUCAUCGGCAGCAAGGGUUUAGACCGCUCCAAUUCCUGGGUAAACACUGGUGGUCCAAAAGCAGCCCCAUGGGGAUCCAACCCCAGCCCAAGUGCAGAGUCAACACAGGUGGUGUCUUCGGCUACGGAUCGAAGUUGUAAUCGUAUGUCUUCGCACACUGAGACGUCAAGUUUCUUACAAACAUUAACAGGACGAUUACCAACCAAAAAGCUUUUUCACGAGGAGCUGGCCUUGCAGUGGGUUGUGUGCAGCGGGAGCGUGCGGGAGGCAGCCCUGCAGCAAGCCUGGUUCUUCUUCGAGCUGAUGGUGAAGAGCAUGGUGCAUCAUUUGUAUUUUGCUGACAAACUGGAUGCGCCAAGAAAGAAUCGUUUCCCGGAGCGUUUCAUGGAUGAUGUAAAUGCCUUGGUCAGCACAAUUGCCAGUGAUAUAGUCUCUCGGUUUCAGAAGGACACAGAAAUGGUUGAAAGGCUCAACACCAGUCUUGCAUUUUUCCUCAAUGACCUGUUGUCCAUCAUGGACAGAGGAUUUGUUUUUUCUCUUAUUAAGACCUGCUACAAACAGGUGUCUUCAAAGCUGUAUUCCUUAACAAAUCCAAGUAACCUGGCAUCUUUGAGGCUGGACUUCCUUCGCAUCAUUUGCAGCCAUGAACACUAUGUCACCUUGAAUUUACCCUGCAGUUUGCUCACACCACCAGCAUCUCCAUCACCAUCUGUGUCUUCAGCAACUUCCCAGAGUUCUGGGUUCUCCACAAAUGUCCAAGACCAGAAGAUUGCAAAUAUGUUUGAAUUGUCUGUGCCUUUCCGCCAGCAGCAUUACUUGGCUGGGCUGGUGUUAACAGAACUGGCUGUCAUUUUAGAUCCUGAUGCAGAAGGUUUGUUUGGAUUGCAUAAGAAGGUCAUCAAUCUGGUACACAAUUUGCUGUCCAGUCACGACUCAGACCCGCGGUACGCCGACCCGCAGGUAAAGGCCCGGGUGGCAAUGCUGUAUCUACCUCUGAUUGGUGUGGUCAUGGAAUCCGUGCCUCAGCUUUAUGACUUCACAGAGAGUCACAACCAGCGUGGGAGGCCGAGCUGCGUCGCUGUGGAUGAUUACGAAAGCGAGGGGGGAAGCAUGAUAAGCCAGACAGUUGCCAUGGCCAUCGCAGGGACAUCGGUCCCUCAGCUCACCAGGCCCAGCAGUUUUCUGCUCACCUCAUCGAGUGGCAGGCAGCACUCCACCUUCUCCACAGAAUCCAGCCGCAGCCUUCUGAUCUGUCUCCUGUGGGUGCUGAAGAACGCGGACGAAAGUGUCCUGCAGAAGUGGUUCACAGACCUGUCCGUGCUGCAGCUCAAUCGCCUGCUGGAUUUGCUCUACCUUUGUGUAUCCUGCUUUGAAUACAAGGGCAAGAAAGUAUUUGAAAGAAUGAACAGUCUGACAUUCAAGAAGUCGAAAGACAUGAGAGCAAAGCUUGAAGAAGCUAUUUUGGGAAGCAUAGGAGCAAGGCAGGAAAUGGUCCGAAGAAGCAGAGGUCAGCUAGAGAGAAGUCCUUCUGGGAGUGCAUUUGGAAGUCAAGAGAAUUUGAGAUGGAGAAAGGAUAUGACUCACUGGCGCCAAAACACAGAAAAGCUUGACAAAAGCCACAAACCAGCCAGAUCAAGGGCAGAGAUAGAACAUGAGGCACUUAUUGAUGGAAAUCUUGCAACAGAAGCGAAUCUGAUUAUUUUGGAUACACUAGAGAUAGUUGUACAGACGGUUUCUGUGACGGAGUCCAAAGAGAGUAUCCUCGGCGGGGUGCUGAAGGUGCUUCUGCACAGCAUGGCCUGCAACCAAAGUGCACUUUAUCUCCAACACUGCUUUGCCACACAGAGGGCUUUGGUUUCAAAGUUCCCAGAGCUGCUGUUCGAAGAGGAGACUGAGCAGUGUGCAGAUCUGUGCCUGAGGCUCCUGAGACACUGUAGCAGCAGUAUCAGCACCAUACGGUCACAUGCAAGUGCCUCUCUUUACCUUCUGAUGAGGCAAAACUUUGAGAUUGGGAACAACUUUGCCAGAGUGAAAAUGCAGGUGACCAUGUCUCUCUCAUCCCUGGUGGGAACAUCCCAAAACUUCAAUGAAGAAUUUUUGCGACGUUCACUGAAGACUAUUUUGACAUACGCUGAAGAAGAUCUGGAACUUAGGGAGACAACGUUUCCUGAUCAGGUCCAGGAUCUAGUGUUCAACCUCCAUAUGAUCCUCUCUGACACAGUUAAAAUGAAGGAGCACCAGGAAGAUCCAGAAAUGCUGAUUGACCUGAUGUACAGGAUUGCAAAGGGCUAUCAGAAUUCCCCUGACCUGCGCCUGACGUGGCUGCAGAACAUGGCUGGGAAGCACUCCGAGAGGAGCAAUCACGCCGAGUCAGCCCAGUGCCUGGUCCACUCUGCAGCCUUGGUGGCUGAGUAUCUAAGCAUGCUGGAAGACAGAAAAUACCUCCCUGUAGGGUGUGUUACAUUUCAGAACAUAUCUUCUAAUGUUUUGGAAGAAUCAGCAGUUUCUGAUGAUGUUGUAUCACCAGAUGAAGAAGGUAUCUGUUCUGGAAAGUAUUUUACAGAAGCUGGUCUGGUGGGAUUGCUGGAACAGGCUGCAGCAUCUUUCUCCAUGGCUGGCAUGUAUGAAGCAGUUAAUGAGGUUUACAAAGUCCUUAUUCCUAUUCAUGAAGCUAAUAGAGAUGCCAAGAAGCUGUCUACUAUUCAUGGUAAACUCCAAGAAGCAUUCAGCAAGAUUGUUCACCAGAGUACUGGCUGGGAGUUCCUACUUGUGGAAAUUUUUUUCCCCCUCCCUUUCUUCCCCCCCUCCCUUUUUGUUUUUUGUUUUACACUGUGGAAACCCCAAUUCCAUUUUACCAAAGAGCUAUGCCAACAGCAGGACCCCCCCUCAUGUCCCAAGGAAAGCAGUGUUGCCAGCUGCAAGCUCUGAAGUAUCCUGAGUCUGGCACCAACACAUCUCUGAGACCUGCUUAAACAUUCCAAGUGGUGGGUUUUUUGGCCUGUAUGUUUCUUCAUUAAAUAAAUGUCAAAUUAAUUAUUUUUGUUUACUCUCAGUUAAGGAAGCUGUUAGGAAAAAUCUUUUUCAUGCUAUGCCAUGAGAAUUUAAAAAUGCUUUUUGAAGUAAGCAGGAUGAGGUUGCCAUGGAAUAGCAGGACUCCAGGAGCUGCUACUUUCAAAAAAAUCAGUAUUGGAAGACUUGUAAUAGUUGGCAACACUGCAAAGGACCAGGGGUUAAAACUGAGCAAAAAAAUAACAUUGCUCAGUUUGAUAAAGAUGGUUGGGCUUUGCAUUCUGCACAAGGAGUUACUUUUAUUCCUAUGUACUUUGGCCUUCAGGCACCUGCUGCUGUGUUGGUCUUGGUGAGGAAAGCAGAGUUGCUCUCAUGUCUGAUUUUUGCAAUGUUGUUGGCAAAGCUUUUUGUGUGUGUGCAAGAGAUAACUCUAAAACUUUAUUCCCAGCAAUUUUGAGAGGUGUUUACCAUGCAUAAUAACAAAUCAUGAACCUUCAUAAAUCAUGAUGGCUGUUAUCUGCUCUGCCAGUUCUGUAAUGGCUAUUCAGUGUUCACCUUCAUUCUCUUCUCCUCCCAAAGACCUAUUAUUUUUCAUAAAAUAAUAGGAGAUAAAAUGCUUUUAAUAAUUUCUCCCUCAUAUCUGCAUUUUUAGCUCUUUUCAGAAACAAGACCAUGGAGUAUUUUUAAGUGUUUUUUUAUUUGUUCUCAGUACUCUGAUUAGGUAGACUUUGGUAUUGUCUAAAUUUCAAUUCAAGGAGCCUCAUACAGAGCCACUCCCUAUUCUUAAUGCCAGGCAAGCAAUUGAGUUGUCCUGAUCUCAGGGAGCCUGGUGGUUGCUGAAUGUGAGGAUCCUUAAGAUAGAUGAGUUUCAGCAGUUGGAUUUAUGAGGAACAGCCAGUGCAGCUGGUCUCCAUGAUGAAGCAAGUACCUAAGUUGGGGGCUCUGAAUCUCACCAGGCUUUCCCGCUUCUACCACUCCUGGGGCUUCCCAGUGCCCCAUUAUUCUUGUUUUAUACAUCUAGCAAAACCCACCAGAACUUGUUAGUUGAUGCUGAUCAACAGACAGCAUUUUCUCCUCACUCUUACAGCAACCUAAAUUAAUGUUGCCUGCAACAAAUAGCUGUCUGGGCAGAUGUCCAUGUGGCAGAUACCUUGUAGGGACCAGGUUCUGCAGAUGCUUCAUACCCUGAAAGUCACUUGCCAAGACUUGAAUUAGAAGAGCUCCUCCAUCUCAGGGACCUGCUCUGUGCCAGUGGGUUGAGGCAGGGUCCCACCAUCUUCCACGUGGAGUAUGCCCAGGCCCUGUGUAAGGUUUAGGGAGAUGUUUCAUAUGGCUGUUCCCCUUGGGCAGAUGUGAUGCUACCUUGGGAAGUGCUUAGAGAAAGGAGCCCUGGAAUCACAGUCUUCUGCUUGUAACAUUGAGAUUAAGUUUUAAAACAUGAGCACAGGAAGCUGGAAAUGCUGGGUAUUGAGGGACUUCAGCAUGGGUGAUAUAAUCCAAAGUGGUGGCUUUGAAAAGGUGGUCAUGAGUAAAUUAAGGGUUUAUUAGGCUGCUCAUUCCUGUAUGGGUCCAAAGGGAUGGACACAGAAGAAAGAUGGGGAGACCAGAUGUUGCCAGAUGGUACUUCCAGGAAACCAGUAAUAGCUUUGCAGCUGGGGUCACACCCUGGGAUGGCUGUGGUGUGACAAAACCCUGUUGUCUGAGCUGGCGGGUGGAGCUGGAUAAAAGCUCCUCUCUGAAGGUUGGAUGCUUGGAGAGAUGGGCCAGAGCAGGACUCCAAGGAGCUGCCUGUGCCACAGAUGAGCAGUGUGGUGGGACUCCAUGUUUUCUUAAGUUGGAGAAUGUGACUACGCUCUUGCCAGAGCAGAGCUGAUGAGUUUUUGUAUCUGUCCAUGUCCCACAGCAAAGCUGAGAUGUGGCCUGCAUGUAUUCAGCAAGGCUGCUGCUGGCCACUUCAGGCUUCACAUCCAGUCCAGAGCUGGGCACUGGGGAGCUUUGCCCCCCUGAAGGCGCUUGGGGUGAGCAGCAGCCAAGGAGGCAACGCUGCAUCCUGGCUGUGCCUCUGAAGCUGAGCCAUGCCUGGGCAGCUCCAAUGGGAUGCCCCAGUUCCCUCCAGGCCAGGAGAAAGUGGUAGCUUGCCAUGACAGUGCUCUUUCCACUCUCUGGAGUUUACCCAAAAGGUUUUUUUACUUUUAGUUUGGGUUAUUUAUCCCUUUGCCUUCCAUAGGUCGUGGUGACCAUCACCACAAGAGAUCAGGUUUACUACAGCAAAACACUGAAAAAUAACUACACAGCAGCCAGGACAUCUGUAGGUGCUGGUUGAAACCAAACACUAGCCCAGAUUCAGAAACACUGAGCCUUAUAAACUACGUCACACUUUCUCAUGAGAGUAAAGGUGAACAUUUUAGAGUUUCUUGCUGAAAGGCAUUUCUGGUUUGUGCAUGCAGCCUGAGUUUUUUUUAACAAAACCAAAGGUGUGAUUUCUUUUUAAAGCAUUUUUCUUCUCUCUCUCUUUCUCUUAACCAGAUCUCCUUUGUUACUUUCCCAGCAAAAAUCUUUCUUGUUUCUCUACUUCUAUUGCAUUUCUGGGCCAAAUUCACCACUGGCUGAAAUAGAAACAG